CAUGCAUCUUCGGGUGAAGCUUUCCUGAAUCAUGUGACGGGGUACUCAUAAGUCCCGUCACAUAUUAUCAGUUAUUUAAUUUUUUUUAACAUAAAAAAAAAGCAUAUUUGGUACUGUCUUUGGUCGAAAUGGCAGGAGGUGUGAGGAAAAAGUCGUCCCCUGGUCCACGGUCUAGAGUGUGGGCGCCACUUCGUACACUAUGGCAGGAGAAACAUUUGAUCGUAUUCAAGGCAGAGUACACAAUACUGGUCGCCUCUGUUCUGUGGUUCCUGGAGAUCGGAAUAAAAUGGGUCAUCCAAAAAGUAGCAUACACAGAGAUCGACUGGCAGGCGUAUAUGGAUGAGGUAGAGGGAGUCAUCAACGGCACCUACGACUACACCCAGCUCAAAGGAGGCACAGGCCCGCUGGUAUACCCAGCAGGAUUUGUGUAUACCUUCACAGCGCUGUAUUACAUCACCAACCACGGGGUGAAUAUUCGCCUGGCCCAGUACCUGUUUGCUGUUUUCUACCUGCUCACCCUGCUGCUCGUCUUCAGGAUCUACCACCGCAUCCAGAAGGUUCCUCCCUACGUAUUCUUCUUUGUGUGCUGUGCCUCCUACCGGAUCCACUCCAUCUUCGUCCUGCGUCUUUUCAACGACCCUGUAGCCAUGAUGAUGAUGUUCGGGGCUGUCAAUCUGUUCCUGGACGGCCGCUGGACUCUGGGCUGUGGCCUCUACAGUUUAGCAGUAUCUGUGAAGAUGAACGUGCUCCUGUUUGCCCCGGGCCUCCUCUUCCUCCUGCUGUCUGAGUUUGGCCUGAUGAGGGCCAUACCCAAGCUCUCUCUCUGUGCUGCCAUCCAGAUAUUGUUGGGCCUACCCUUCCUGAUGGAGAAUCCCAUUGGCUAUAUGACCCGGGCCUUUGACUUGGGUCGUCAGUUUAUGUUCAAGUGGACAGUGAACUGGCGCUUCCUGCCUGAGUGGCUUUUCCUAAGUCGCUACUUCCAUCUGGUGCUCCUGGCUGCCCACCUGCUAGCCCUGCUACUGUUUGCCCUGCGCCGCUGGAAGAGGCCUGGAGAGAGCAUCAUGGAACUGCUGAAGGAGCCAGGCAAGCGAGUCAACCCUGCCCAGAAACUCACCUCGGAUCAGAUGGUGCUGAUCCUCUUCACGUCUAACUUCAUCGGCAUGUGCUUCAGCCGCUCGCUGCACUACCAGUUCUACGUCUGGUACUUCCACACCCUACCUUUCCUUCUCUGGAGCGGAGGAGUCAAGAAGCUGGCUCACCUACUCAGGGUUUUGAUCCUCGGCCUGGUGGAGCUGUCGUGGAACACCUACCCUUCUACGACACACAGUUCAGCAGCCCUCCAUGUCUGCCAUCUCAUCAUGCUGCUCUCCCUGUGGUUCGCCCCCCGGGUAGAGGAGAAGACCAAGAGCAAGUGAGCUUUUCCCCUAGGAGACCCUCCUGUCGUAGGGGUCUGGUCGACCAUCUCCACCCUGCU